UCCGCCCCCACAACCUUUUCUGGGCGCGGGCCAAAGGGUGGUUCGCUGGGGGGUCAGGCUCAGCCACGGGGAGGGCAGGCACCCGGGGAGAGAGGGCGCGAGGCGUUGAUACAGGGGAGAGUGACGGGCUGCCCUACAUUGCCAGCCAGGGACGAGCACGCGGCCACGCUACCACCCGGCUGCCCACGAUCACUCGUCCGCAGAAAUGUCAGCCGCCGGCGUCCGGGGCCUGCGGGCCACCUACCACCGGGUCCUUGAUAGAGUGGAGCUCCUGCUGCCUGAAAAACUGAGGCCGUUGUACAACCACCCGGCAGGUCCCAGAACAGUAUUUUUCUGGGCUCCAAUUAUGAAAUGGGGGCUGGUGUGUGCUGGAUUGGCUGACAUGGCCAGACCUGCAGAGAAGCUCAGCACGGCUCAGUCUGCUGUUUUGAUGGCUACAGGCUUUAUUUGGUCAAGAUACUCACUUGUAAUUAUUCCAAAAAACUGGAGUCUAUUUGCUGUUAAUUUCUUUGUUGGGACAGCAGGAGCCUCUCAGCUAUUUCGUAUUUGGAGAUAUAACCAAGAACUAAAAGCUAAAGCAAAUAAAUAAGAGUUCCUGAUCACCCUGGCAAUCUAGAUAUGGACUUAACCACCGGGACCUAGUUUGAUUUAUUAUUCAGUUGUUGAUGAGGUGAUACUAACUGUGCUAAUGUUUGUAAGGCAUAAAAUGUAAUUGGGAGAUAGUAUUGAUACUUGAUCCAACAGAAAAAUAAAGCAAACUUUU